AUGAGUGAUCAAUAUAAAAAUGAAAUUGAUCGAAUUUAGAAACUAAUUGUAUCUAUUAAAACUGAUAUCAAUAAACGAGAACAAAAAAAGAAGGCUGGAUAAUAGUUUACCAUUAUAGAAGGGGAAAUUCGAGGUUAAUUGACAACUUUGGAUCGCGAAAUAGUGCUUCUGGGGGAUCUGAUGAAACUUUAAGAGAAUACCUUGAUGCAGAAGGAAUAGGAGAAACGCAGGAAUUAAUUAUAAGAGUUUAAGAAUUAGAGGGAUCUGAUCUCCGAGCAAUUCAAGAAAGCUGUUCUUGAAACCAAAUAAGAGUAGCAAGCAGCUCCUAAAUAAAUGGCUGAAUUAAGCAAUAUGUCAAAUAGAGAACUUUUCAAGAAUCAAAAAGAUCUCUAACAAGAAUAAGAUAAAUUACUAGAUUAGACCAAUGAACAAGCAAUGGUUUUAAAGUAUUCAGGAUAGAAUAUAAAUCAAACCAUAAAUCAAUAGAUCAGGGAUCUUAGUAAAUUAAAUGACGAUGUGGACAAAACCAAUAAAGACAUGACAUUCGUUAAUUCCAAAUUUGCAUCAAUCAUCUCAAAGUCUUCAAAUUGUUGGCUCAUAAUAAUAAUUGUGAUUGAAGUUGUUUUGCUCCUCUGUUUUAUCCUUUUCCUUUGAAAUUUGAAGUCAUUUAUUGUGUAUGAUGCACUUUAACUAUAAAUAAA